CGGAGCACCCACCCCUCUAGCUUCUUGGUCUCCAGGACAGACGCUCAGGCUCUGCUCUCGCCGUAGCCAAACUUGCUUUCCCGCCUCUCCAACUCCGACUUCCCUCCACUCCUAACUCUUUUCCCUUCACUUUCCCCUUCUCUAUCACCCACGCCACAAACCCAGGUCCCCCAUUCCUUCCCUCCUCCUUCUCCUUUCCUCCGACUUGUUCGAUUCCACCUCAGACUCCCCGAGCGUGCUUCAGUCGCCUGCUCCCAUUAGGCUCAAAGCCAUGGCGGGACCUGGAGGUUGGAGGGACAAGGAGGUCACGGAUCUGGGCCACUUGCCGGAUCCAACUGGAAUAUUCUCACUGGAUAAAACCAUUGGCCUUGGUACUUACGGCAGAAUCUAUCUGGGACUUCAUGAAAAGACUGGUGCAUUUACAGCUGUAAAGGUGAUGAAUGCCCGUAAGACCCCUUUACCUGAAAUAGGAAGACGAGUGAGAGUGAAUAAAUAUCAAAAGUCUGUCGGGUGGAGAUACAGCGAUGAGGAAGAAGAUAUCAGGACUGAACUCAACCUUUUGAGGAAGUAUUCUUUCCACAAAAACAUUGUAUCCUUCUAUGGUGCAUUUUUCAAACUGAGCCCCCCUGGCCAGAGGCACCAACUUUGGAUGGUGAUGGAGCUAUGUGCAGCAGGCUCAGUCACUGAUAUAGUGAGAAUGACCAGAAAUCAGAGUCUGAAAGAAGAUUGGAUUGCUUACAUCUGCCGAGAAAUCCUUCAGGGUUUAGCUCAUCUUCAUUCACACCGUGUACUUCAUCGGGACAUCAAAGGUCAAAAUGUGCUACUGACUCAUAAUGCUGAAGUAAAACUAGUGGAUUUUGGAGUGAGUGCCCAGGUGAGUAGAACUAAUGGGAGGAGAAAUAGCUUCAUUGGGACACCAUACUGGAUGGCACCUGAGGUGAUUGACUGUGACGAGGACCCAAGAUGCUCCUAUGAUUACAGAAGUGAUGUGUGGUCUGUGGGAAUCACUGCUAUUGAAAUGGCUGAAGGGGCUCCUCCCCUGUGUAACCUUCAGCCCUUGGAAGCUCUCUUUGUUAUUUUGCGGGAAUCUGCUCCUAAAGUCAAAUCCAGCGGAUGGUCCCGCAAGUUCCACAAUUUCAUGGAAAAGUGCAUGAUAAAAAAUUUCCUAUUUCGUCCUACUUCUGCAAACAUGCUUCAUCACCCAUUUGUUCAGAAUAUAAAAAAUGAAGGACAUGUUGUUGAGUCAUUAAAGAAACAUCUUACUGGAAUCAUUAAAAAGAGACAGAAAAAAGGAGUACCUCUGAUCUUUGAAAGAGAAGCUAUUAAGGAGCAGUACACCAUGAGAAGAUUCAGAGGACCUUCUUGUACUCAUGAGCUUCUGAGACUGCCAACCAGCAGUAGAUGCAGACCACUUAGAGUCCUACAUGGAGAACCCUCUCAGCCGAGGUGGUUACCUGAUCGAGAAGAGCCACAGGUCCAGGCACUUCAGCAUCUACAGGGAGCAGCCAGGGUGUUCAUGCCACUACAGGCUCAGGACAAUGCACCUAGGCCUCUACAGGGGCAAGCUCAGGCACCUCAGCGACUACAAGGGGCAGCUCGGGUGUUCAUGCCACUACAGGCUAAGGGUAAAGUUAAGGCAUCUAGGCCUCUACAGAUGCAAAUUAAGGCACCUCCACGACUACGGAGGGCAGCCUGGAUGCUCAUGCCACUAGAGCCUCAGGUUAAGGCACCUAGGCCUCUACAGGUACAGGCCCAGGUACCCAAAGAGCAGCAGGCUGAUGCCCAACAUCAGGCAUCAGAAGAACUGCAAGAUCUGGACCAGGUACCAGAGGAAUUUCAGGGACAAGAUCAGGUACCUGAACAACAAAGGCAGGGCCAGGUCCCUGAACAGCAGCAAAGACAGAACCAGGUACCUGAACAGCAACUGGAGCAGAACCAGUCACCUGAACAGCCUGAGGUACAGGAGCAGGCUGCUGAGCCCACACAGGCAGAGACUGAGGCAGAGGAGCCUGAGUCAUUACAAGUACAUGCCCAAGUAUUGCUGCCCCUACUGUCACAGAACCACCAUGUGCUGUUGCCACUACAUUUGGAUACUCAGGUGCUCAUUCCAGUAGAGGGACAAACUGAAGGCUCACCUCAGGCACAGGCCCGGGCCCUUGAGCCCCUGCAGGCAGCUGGCUCAGUUCAAGUACUGGUAGAGGGACUAUCAAGAGACUUACUUCAAGCACCAAACUCGCAUAAUUCAAAGCCACUUGGUCCACUGCAAACCUUAAUGGAAAACCUGUCAUCAAACAUGUUUUACUGUCAACCAGAACAGGCACGUAAGAAAAAAUCAAUGGUUUCUAGUCUAAGGCAGGCAUUGGCCAAAAUACUCUCACCGAAGAGGUUCCGGAUAAAGUUAUCACGAAGACCUGAAGAAUCUGAGCUCUCAGAUUUAGAAGCCCACAGGCGAAGGCGCCAACACAGCAUGAGGCUCUUCAAUCAGCAUGAGGAAGAACUGAGACAAGUUGCACAUGACAAAAAAGAUGAAUCAUCAGACAAUGAUGAAGUAUUUCAUUCAAUUCAGGCUGAAGUACAAAUAGAACCAUUGCAACCAUACGUUCCUAAUCCUAAAGGAAAUGAAGUCCAAGAGAGAUCUGCUUCAAUGCCUUACAAUCAGGAUUAUGCACACCAUGUCAAGUUCUCUUCAAGUGUUCCUCAGCGAUCUCUUUUGGAACAAGCUCAGAAGCCAGUUGACAUCAGACAAAGGAGUUUUCAAAAUCCUCAGAAUUGCCCAGCAACAUCAGAAUCUUUUUCUGAGGAAGAGAGCCCCAUGACCUGGAGGAGGUCCCAGUCAUCACCACCUUAUUCUACUAUUGAUCAGAAGUUACUGGUUGAUGUCCAUGUUCCAGAUGGAUUUAAAGUAGGAAAAAUAUCACCCCCUCUUUACUUGACAAAUGAAUGGGUGGGCUAUAAUGCACUCUCUGAAAUCUUCCGGAAUGAUUGGUUAACUCCUGCACCUGUCAUUCAGCCACCUGAAGAGGGUGGUGAUUAUGUUGAACUUUAUGAAUCUGGUGCUGAUAUUGAUGGUCAUGAUGAUUCUAAUGAUGUUUAUGAAGAUACCACUGACCAUAACAACGGCAAUGUCUUGGAUAACCAGGUCGAUCAGGCUGUUGAUGUCGGUGAAGACCAUGACGAUGAUGACAAGGAUGAGGUUGUUGAUGGCAAAGGCAAUAAUUGUGAUGAUGAUCCUAGUUGGCCAAGGCCAAGUUAUGACAGAAGUAGGAGCUGCAAACAAGAUGGUAGAGAUAGAAGUGAUAGAGAAGAAGGAACCUGCAGCAGCUAUGGACGCCAGAGAGCCAGUAGAAGCAAUGGAAGAAGUGCAGCCAGUGGGAGUCAUGCAACCACUGGAGACCAUGAAGAGCACAGAGCCAAUAUAUACACUGGAAGCAGCGGCAAGGAGGGUAAUGAAGGUAAGGGAGUCAAUGGAACCACUGAAGAGAGUGGAGCCCUUGAAUUCAAUGGAGGAGAAACUUGCUCAGAGACAGAUGGUCCAGGAUUGGAGAGACCAACAUCACAGGACUUUGAACAUCAACAGGAGGAACAAGGUGGUAGAAGUGAGGCCUCAAAUGCCAUUGUCUCAGGUAGUGUACCCGCAGUACAUGAUGAUGAGGAUGACAGUAUGGACAUAUCAGAAGCAUCAACAGAAUCAGAUUUUUCUGCCAGCCGCUCAUCUUCUUCCAAUGGUUGUGGGAGGACUGCAACUGUUGACUUUGCCAGUGCCAUCUUAUAUGCUGGGUUAGUGAACGUACUUAAAAAAUCACCUAAGCGAACCCCUGAAGUCAAUGUUAACCCACUAUAUGUCUCUGCUGAAUGUAAAAAACCACUAAUCCACAUGUAUGAAAAGGAAUUCACUUCUGAGAUCUGCUGUGGUUCUUUGUGGGGAGUGAAUUUGCUGUUGGGAACCCGAUCCAAUCUGUAUCUGAUGGACAGAAGCGGAAAGGCAGACAUUACUAAGCUUAUAAAGCGAAGACCAUUCCAUCAGAUUCAAGUUGUAGAGCCUCUCAAUUUGCUGAUUACCAUUUCCGGCCGUAAGAACAGACUUCGGGUGUAUCAUUUGACCUGGCUGAGGAACAAGAUUUUGAAAGAUGAUCCAGAAAGUAAAAGAAGACAAGAGGAAAUGCUAAAGACAGAAGAAGCCUGCAAAGCUAUUGAUAAGUUGACAGGCUGUGAACACUUCAGUGUCCUCCAACAUGAAGAAACAACAUAUAUUGCAAUUGCUUUGAAAUCGUCAAUUCACCUUUAUGCAUGGGCACUGAAGUCCUUCGAUGAGAGCACUGCUAUUAAAGUAUUUCCAACACUUGGUCAUAAGCCAGUGACAGUUGACCUGGCUAUUGGUUCUGAAAAAAGACUAAAGAUUUUCUUCAGCUCAGCAGAUGGAUAUCACAUCAUUGAUGCAGAAACUGAGGUUAUGUCUGAUGUGACCCUGCCAAAUAAUCCCCUGAAAAUCAUUAUACCACAGAAUAUCAUCAUUUUUCCUGAUUCCUUGGGAAUUGGCGUGAUGCUCACUUUCAAUGCUGAAGCCCUUUCUGUGGAAGCAAAUGAACAACUCUUCAAGAAGAUCCUUGCAGUGUGGAAAGACAUACCAUCUUCAAUAGCUUAUGAGUGUACACAGCGAACCACAGGAUGGGGCCAAAAGGCCAUUGAAGUCCGCUCUUUGCAAUCGAGGGUUCUGGAAAGUGAACUGAAGCGCAGGUCAAUUAAGAAGCUGAGAUUCCUGUGUGCCCGAGGUGACAAGCUGUUCUGUACCUCUACCCUACGCAAUCGCCACAGCCGGGUAUUUUAUGACCCUUGGAAAACUUGAAGAGCUCCAGAGCAAUUAUGGUGUUUGAAAGGUUCCGAUGAUUUAUUACAACAUUUACAAACUUCAUAAGCACACAAUUUGCAUCUUAAAAUUUCUGAGAUUAAAUGAGCAUUCAGUUUUAUUGUUAGGGAAAAAUUAAAUCAGAUUCUUUACUUUUAAUGUAGCACACAAUAGUUUUAAUGAUAAAUGCAGCUUUAUAUAUAAAAUUAACUAUAGCAAGCUCUAUGUACUCCAAUGGUGUACAACGUCUUUUGCACAAACUUCGUAACUUUUGUUACUGUGAAUUGAAAUGUUACUGUUUGGACAGUUUGGACAGUAUCUAUAUUCAGAUUUUACAACAUGGAGUAAAGAAACCCGCAAGAGUUAGAUUCCAAGAAGCUUUCAAAAGAAUUUGCCCUGAAUGAAGCUUUUCAGAAAAAAUAAAAAUAACAACAAAUCACAUGUGAAUUCACACUCAUAUAAAGAACCAAAGGUUAGAUUAUGGAAUGAAAAUAAUAAUCUAUGCUAUAAGCUAGACUAAGGCUGAACAACCUGCAUGCUUGGAAAAAACUACAGUGAUAAAGGGGAAAAGGCCACCCAUUUCCUCACCGCUCCAUGACAGUUAAGCUCACAGUCAGAGACCAGUUUUGUUAUUUUCAUCCCAUGUUAAGCUGGUUUUCUCCUGAGAAGAAGAAAUAAAAAAGCCUCAGAUGCUUGAUUUUCCUCAGAACCUCCAAAGAUGUGCAAUAGCUGUUUUUAAAAACCACCAAAUAAUAUACUUGCAAGCCUAAAAAUACAGGACUGAACUCCUAUACACAUGUACUGUAGAAUGAGUUGUUUCAUUUCUUGUUUUUUUAAAUACUUUAAAAUAGGUGUCAAAGUCUACUCUUAAGGACAGAUUAGUUGACUUAUCAAAAUUCUUAUCUGGUCAGCAAUGUGACCAUCAGAUGGCAUUAAGUAUUUUCUCAAUCCCAGAUUAAACUAUAUAAAAUUUUUUCCUCCGGUUAUUAAGCAAAAACAACAAAAUGUAACAACAAAAAUCCUUCGGUUGUUAAUACUUGUGAUUUUCGUGUUUCUAUUUCUGUAAAAUCAGAAUGUAAAAGUGAUAAGUCCACUUAUAGAGACUUAACAGUAUAGGUUAAAAAAAAAAAGGAAAAGAUUUUGAAAAUAAAUGCAACUUUCAUCAAACACCCAAGUCUACAAAUUGAGAGUAGUGAACAUCAUGCUAGUCCACUGCCCCAGUGUAUUAUAGACGCCAUGGAUAGGUGGUGUUUGGUCACCAGUGGUAACUGUUACCUGGUGAAAAGCAUAAUUUCUGCAAAUCCAUCCUCAAUACCAUGGUUAGUUCUGGGGCAACAGAGAAGCACAGAACUACCACAAAGUAUACCUCAGUAUAAUCCUCUAGCUCUGCUUCUAAAAAUCUGAAGACAGUGCUGGUGGGAUAAUAGUUUUCAAACUACUUGGUUAACCAGAAUAAAAAAGCAGCUAAUUUUGUGUGAUUUCAUGAUAGCACAAUAUUUCUUAGCACCCUGGUGCCAGGAAUGGCGACUUGGAUUUUCCUAACAACUUAUAUCAAGAGUGUAGUAGCUCAAUAAUGAGCACUUAGGAGAACCUGAAUCCAUGAACUGAAGAAGUAAAUGUGAUUCACAUUUCUUUUACUGUGACAAAAUAAUGUGACCCUACAGCUGGCUUAUCCUGAGAGUUUACAACUCAAAUGACUUUUUAAAUGUAGUAGUUUAAAGAGAAAACAAACUUUUUUUGUCAAAUUAUUUCCUUAGAAGUAGUCUUGAUUAUUAUAAAGUCGUACACCAAAAAGGCCAUGGGGAACUCUGUGCAAGUACCUCAUUGCUGAGCAAAUGGAGCUUGCUAUGUUUCAAUUUCAGAAAAAUUUCUCACUUAAAUAGUGUAGUAGAAUCACGUCUUUUAAGAAUUCACUUUUUUUCUUCAUAAUAUUAACUCAGAGUUAAGGUACAAAAUAAGUUUUAUCUUAAAAUCAUAUUUUUAAGGCAGUAAGACAGUAAACUAUUUUAGUAAGCCAACUCCCAUUGUACCCUGUGGCUGUUGUUCUAGUAAAUGUAGAUAGUAGUGAACUGAAUCUAUAGGGAUGUUCCAAAGUAAACAAGCAAGAGACAUUGCCAAUGUGUAACUGAGCUUGAAAGGAUAAGGUGUUAUUGAAGACAGGAAGCUGGGCCCAUAUUAAGAAGGGAGAUUGGAAUGUUGGGUAGCUAAAGGACUGAAAGAACUAAAAAUAUUUAAAGUGGUUUGGAGGUAAUGAAUAUUUCGGAUUUAGAUGUCAUUCCAUAUGGAAUUUGUACACACUUUUCUAGCUGAAAGAAAAAAGUGAACAGCCAAUUAAAUUUCAGUUAGUGCACAGUAAUAGACAAAAGAUAUUUUAUCUACACAUCGCCUUGUAGCAGCAGCACCUGGCCUAUCACUGAAGUGUAGAGGAGGACUCCUGACUAGCCAAUUUCCCUAGCCUGGUGAUUUGAAGCAAUGAAAGUUCUGGCAGGUUGUAAGUAGCUUUGGAAUAGAGUACAGUUUGAUGUCAGUGUACUUCAGUUUUUUCACCAAAGCCCUUUUCCAAAAUAAAACACAUUGUUGGAAAUAUUUGAAAACUAGAAAACAAGGUAUGAAAAAGGCUGACAAGAAAAGCUCUGAGUGAGUAGGUCUGCUGAAGAUCCUCAGUGGAAACAGUAAGAAAGAAUCAGCAUUAAGAUGGUAAAAUAAGCAAAGCAGAAAUCGCACA